UGACACCAGAGCUCCCAUCGGAUUGGUUCUUGGAAAACAAGCCACUUCCUCACUGCUCAUGUGAUCUUUAUUUUUCAAAUCAACGGGGAAGUCAUGUCCAGCGGGUACCAGAUCGUGGUGCAGGGUGAGGCCUCGGAGACAGACUCUGAUGACGAAGUCUACAUCACCUCCAUGUCCACUCCCCAAAUUGCCACAGUCGGAGCCAAGGUUGUCUUGCAUUGCUAUGUGUUUGAUCGCGACAGAGAUAAAAGUUCCUGGGGAGGCAUCUGAAACAGACAGUGAUGGUGAGGAGGAGCAGACCGACCGAGCCUCCUCACUGAUCCAGGAGAGCGCCCACAUACUCAGGAGAGACCUGCCUCCUCUUAUUGUAGUCAGAGACCAUCCUGAUAUACAGUCCAUAGUGGAAGACCGGCCAAGUCCCACACACAGACCACAAGGUGACACGCUUUUACAACAGAAGCUGCAGGAAUCGAACAGUCGGCUGUAUUCUGACAUUGGACAGAUGGUACGGCAGGUUUAUGGCAGUGCCAGUAGAGAGGUUUACAGUGCAACAGCUCAGCUAAAUACUUCGCAGAGUGCCAUCAUCAAUGCGUCCCACAGCAUCAGAUUAAUCCUGGAUGACCUGAAGGCUGUCUCCGAAAAGAUUGACAUCAUCACCAGCUGUCAAAUACUGCCCGAUAUUAACAUCAAUAAUCAAAAUAAUCACACUACUCCUGUACCCUAAAUAUAUAUAUUAAAUUUACAGUCUCACUAUAAAAGUAUUUGUCUGUCAGUACUCACUGUCCUCUGGGGAUAUUUCUGCAAAGAGAUGAUGUUCUGUCUUCCUAUAUUCUACUGCUGUCUUUCAGGCCAACACAUUAACAUUUAACAGGAAUUUAUUCCCAAUAUCCAUUUUCUCAAGCAAGAGCCCAUCACUGCUGUAGAUGGUUUAUUGAAUGAAAGAAAAGGUGAGAUGAUUAAAAUCAUUAAAGUAUGGUUUUACUUUCAA